CGGUAGCCCAACUCACCACAACCACGCGUCCCUCGACCAGGUUCCUCAACCCCGCCGCCGCCGCCGCCCCUAAGCUCUCCUCGCACGUCCGGGUCCGGCAACGACGCUCAAGGCUCCCUAACCCCCGCUUUGUCCACCCCGAAUCCCUCCUGCUGCCUGCCCUGUCGCCGCUUCCCGUACUGCCGGCCGUCCUCGCCGAGAGCCGCUAACUUUGGCGCCACCACGAGCCGGGUAAGAAGAUGGUGAAGGGGAUGCCCAAAUCAAGACCUAUCAAAGCGGCGGCCGAGGUGGUCUUCGACCCGUCCGUCUCUGGCCCCCGGAAGCCGCGCCGCGCCGAGGCGCCCUCGUCGAGCAGCGAGUAUCACCACUUCAUGGGGUCGAAUCUUUCAAAUAUGUACCACAAGCCAGCUCCGGCGAAAUCUACCGACAUGUCUGAUGAUGAGCCUGACAUCGAUAUUGAGAAGUUAUUGAAAGAUGUUGAGCUUUUCGGUGCCACUACCUGGAAGGACAAGAACAAAAUACAGAACCGCAAAGUAGUUGAACUGGGUGGAAAGGCCAUUAAGAAGCAGCGUACACCGUUAUCUGUGGCAAUCCCAGCUAUGAAGAAUCAGCAGAAAAGGGAACAAAAGAAGAUUGAAGAGGAAAGACUGCUUGGGAUUUUUAGGAAACAAAACAAGAACAAGAAAUUUGAGAAGCUUAGACCAGAGGACCGAGUACUCAGAGCAACUGAAGGGCGCUUCAAGAACGGUAUACUCGAUGUGAAGCACCUCAUGGGAGGACCAAAACCAUCCUCGUCGUCAUCGUUCGGAGAUGCGCCGGAGCGGGAGAUGAGAAAGGGUAAGAAAGGGAAAGGAAAGGGAAAGGGGAAAGGAAAGGGGAAGGGAGGCCGAAGGAACAGACGUUGAUGGAGCACCUGCCUAUUGUGCUUUGUACCAAGAGAUACAUGCAGGAAGAAGAGGCAUCGAGCUGACACCUUGAACUGUUUUUGCAUCGAGAUAUCUUCCGUUAUAUACCUCCUCCGUCUCAAAAUAAGUGUCUUUGAUUUAGUACAACAUUUUGGGACUGAGGGAGUACCUGUAUCUUAAGUAAUCUUGCAGACGAAGUGACCAUCCUAUGUCAUAUUUUUACGAGCUUGUAUUUUAUUUUCUCCAGCUCCUUUA